AUGGUGCCGACCGCGGGCUCCAAGUUCAGCCUCGUCCUCCUGGUUCUGGCUGUGCUGCCAGACUGCCCCCGGACCUCAGACUGUCCCUUGCUUCGUGGAGAGUAUCACUAUCUUUACUAUGAUUUCAACAUUUCUUCUAACAAAAAAUCUUGGUGCAUGACUCAAGUCCAGAUGGAUGGAAAGAAUUUUUUUUCUUAUGACUGUGGCAGUGGUAAGGUCACAUCUAUGAAUCUCCUGAGAGAAGAGGUAGUGACCACAGAAACCUGGAGAGAACAGACCACAACACUGAGGGAUGUGGGGAACUUGAUGAAACAGCACCUGCCUGACAUUAUAGCAGAGAAAUACGCAGACAGAGGUAAGUGUGAAAAUCCAGGUCCUUUCACCCUGCAGGUCAGGAUGACGUGUCAGUGCAACGCCAGAGGAAGCUACAGUGGAUCCUGGGAGUUUGGAUGGAACGGACAAAGGUUCCUUGUCUUUGACCCGGAGAGUGGACAGUAUACUGUGGUUCAUUCCGGAGGCGAACAGCUGAAAGAGAAGUGGGAGAAAGACAAGGACUUGACCAAGUACCUCACAGUUACCUCAAAGGGAGACUGCAGGAAAUGGCUUCAACACUUUGUGCAAUGGAAGGAAGAGCUGGGGACAGCAGGUAACAGGGAAGAAGGGAAGGAGUGGUUGUUUGCUUGA